GGGACUCACUGUGCUCAGCACGCUGGGAACAAGACGCUUUAACCCGGGACCAUGAGGGGCUCUUGCCGCCCGAGACACACGCGGGACAGGGCAGCCUGCUGAAUCAGACUGCCAGGACUGCAGCCCACCGCCUCAUUCUCACAUCAGGAGGGCACCAUUAGUGAUCCAACAUCCAGGAUGUUGGACAACGAGGAGUUCAUGGUGGAGACCUCCCCGCGGGAGCUCAUGCAGAACCCGCUCAGGAAGAUCUGGAUGCCGCACAAAAACGGGCACAUAGCUCACAGACGGGUGUGUAUGACGAACUGCCCGACCCUCAUUGUGACUGUGGGACUUCCAGCCCGAGGGAAGACUUACAUUUCAAAGAAGCUUACACGCUACUUAAACUGGAUAGGUGUGCCAACCAAAGAGUUCAAUGUUGGCCAGUACCGGAGAGAGAGUCUGAAGAUCUACAAAUCCUUUGAGUUCUUCCGUCCAGAUAAUGAAGAGGGAUUAAAAAUCAGACGUCAGUGUGCGUUGGCAGCACUUAAUGAUGUUCGGCAGUACCUGAGUGUCGAAGGAGGACAGGUGGCGGUGUUUGAUGCCACAAAUACGACAAGGGAAAGGAGAGGGACCAUUGUGAAGUUCGCGGAGCAGAAUGGGUUCAAGGUAUUUUUCGUGGAGUCUGUGUGUGAGGACCCAGAUGUUAUUGCACAAAAUAUAGUGCAAGUUAAGCUGGGCAGCCCAGACUACAUACACUGCAACACAGAGGAGGCCAUUGAGGACUUCAUGAAGAGGAUCGAGUGUUACAAGUCCUCCUACCAGCCUCUGGACGAAGUUCUGGACAGGGAUCUGUCCUACAUAAAGAUCAUGGAUGUGGGCCGUCGUUACCUGGUGAACCGCGUCCUUGACCACAUCCAAAGCCGAAUCGUCUACUACCUGAUGAACAUCCACAUCACGCCACGCUCCAUCUACCUGAGUCGCCACGGGGAGAGCGACCUCAACAUCAAGGGACGGAUUGGAGGAGAUUCUGGCUUGUCUGCCAGAGGAAAAGAGUUUGCCAAAAGUCUGGGGAAAUUCAUCCAGGACCAGAACAUCAAAGAUCUAAAGGUGUGGACGAGCCAGAUGAAGAGGACAAUCCAGACGGCGGAGUGUCUUGGGGUGCCAUACGAACAGUGGAAGUCACUCAAUGAAAUAGAUGCUGGUGUGUGUGAGGAGAUGAUGUAUGAGGAGAUCCAAGAGCAUUACCCUCUGGAGUUUGCAUUGAGAGACCAAGACAAGUACCGCUACCGCUAUCCUAAAGGAGAGUCUUAUGAAGACUUGGUGCAGCGACUGGAGCCUGUGAUCAUGGAGUUGGAGAGACAGGAGAAUGUUCUGGUUGUUUGUCACCAGGCCGUCAUGCGUUGUCUUCUUGCAUAUUUCCUGGACAAGACUGCAGCAGAGUUGCCUUAUCUUAAGUGUCCUUUGCAUACAGUGUUGAAGUUGACCCCCAUGGCUUACGGAUGUAAAGUGGAGUCUGUCUAUUUAGGCGUGGACUCUGUGAACACACACAGAGAAAAACCAGAGAAUGUCAACGUGCAGCGCACCACAGAAGACGCUCUGCAGACAGUCCCAGCUCACCUCUAACCUCCUGCACUCCCCGUUCCAGCCGAGACCUCGUCCGACUUUCUGCUCGGACUUCUGAACUGCAUAAUGGCAGCGGUGCUGUUCAACCACCCAGACUCAAACUGUAAAGCACUUUCACUGAACGUCAUUUUUAUAUGUAAUCUGUUCUGUUGUGAACUUCACUGAACUGUUACUCUAGCUCAGCUCCAACUGAGGACGACGAAAGGAAAAUGCCAAUAUUUUUUUCAUAUGUGGGUCUGCUGUUGCAAUAAUAUUCCCUUACAUUUCAGCACCUUUUCCUCCAUGAUGAUAUUUAAUAUCUACUGUGUGUUGUGCACCGUGUAUACUGCCAUAUGCUUCCAGUGUUUCUGAAGACGUUUUAACUGUUUGAAAAACGAGUACCGUGACACUAAAAAACUGUGAAGAUUCUAAAGAAAAGACUACUUCAGUUAAAAUGAUAAAAGUCGUAAUUCCCUGACUGGUGAGCAGAAACGCAAAUGAACUUUUUAUUUUUUUAAAAACUGUGUUUUUCUUUGCUAGUUGUUGGAUUAUAUUAAAAAGGCAGCCACUGUGUUACGGAGGCCCUGAGAGGCAAGUGAGCAAAGAAUUCUGGUGAUACAUUUUUUAAGUCUGACCUACACGGUUUUCUUUCCUGUGUUAAUGACUCAAGAACAGGUGGAAAAAAAUGUCCUAAAAAUGCAAGAUAGUCUUUUUAAAAUUAAGAUAAUUUGAGCAACAAGUGGAAAAGAGUUUUGCCUGGAUCAAUUUUGUUGUGAAUUUUUUAUUUAUUUUUUGUCAAGUGUUGUUCUAAAACUCAUUUUGUCAUGACUGCCCCAUUUUUAAAAUGACAAAGCAUUCGUGAGUUCUCCCAGGUGAGUUUUAAUUUCUCCAUGCACCCUAAACACGAGGUUCAUAUAUUGUGUGUUAAUAAGUUAUUUAACACUGCUCUCAUUUGUUUUUCUUUCGGCUAGAAAUAAUGUUUAUUUACAUUUUUAUUUUGCUUAACAAGGUGAAGAUUGUGUGAUUUAGUCUGCGCCAAAAGAAGAAACGACAGUAAUGUUACAGAACUUGUCCUAUGUAGAGCAUGUGGUUGUGGUGCACUUCAGCCUCUUGUGGCCAAAAUUAGUAUUACAACUACAAACAAAAAAAUAUAAACAGGAGAGAAAACUAUUUAGAUUUAGGGAAAAGGAUCACCAGAAUUGUUCUUCCUCAGUUGCCUCUCAGGGUGUCCGUACAGUGUAUCUACUCUGAGUAAACAAAGAUUAAUAUAAAUCUUAAACCAUUUCAGAGGUGAUAAUAAAAUCCUUUCACCAUAAAGGAUGGAAAUGAGAUUGUAAAUAUACCUGACACAGAUGUAGCUUCUGUUCUGUAACCUGAACUCUUGGGAUCAGACCUUUCCUCUGCUACUAUUAUAAUGUUUAAACCAAAAAGAAUUUUUGGGAUGGACAGUGAAAUGCUGUGACAAAUCUCCAGUCAUUAGUAUGUCACUGAAGAAGGCAGCCUUUGAUUGACCUGUGAUUUUAUUGUUGAAAUUAAUGCCUCAGUUUAAAGGUACCGUCCAAACUGUACACGCAUGUGUGUUUGAUGUAAAAUAUAUGUGUAUGUGUGUAUGUGUGUGUGUGUGUGUGUGUGUGAAUCUACAUGUAUUUUAUGGUAUAUCAGUUUUUGGAGACCUCUGUACAUUUUCUGUAAUAUUAUACAUUUGAUACUGUACAUUACUGUGCUGAAAAUAUGAUUCCAAAUGCCUUGUUUGUCUCCAGCUGUCACAAUCUCAAUGUUUGGGGUAAAGACAGAGCUGCUGGUUGUGUUUCAAAACACCACAACAAAUAUAAAAAAUAAAUCACUGAAA